AUGGCGGACGUAACACGUGCUCGUUUGGGCGUGAACUUUCUGUGCGUCGGAGGUGCUGCAGACGGAGGUGUGGUCGAGAAGGCCCUGAGCAGCGCCGAGCACCGGACCCUGAAGCUGUUCCAGGCGACCUACCCGCGCCUGGCGCCCGCCGCCCGCCCCGUGCUGCACGAGCUGGUCGCGUCCAUGAAGGCGGCGCUCACCAGCCCCAACGAGAUGGCCCUCGAGCACGCCCUCGCCGCCUUCUGGGACGACCUCUUCGCGCCCGUCUACCACAACGCCCUCCACUCGCGCCUGCCGCCCUUCUCGCAGGUCUACAGCGAGUGCCUGCGGGACGCCCAGCGCACGGUGCAGCCCUGGGGCAUCAUCCCCGCCCUGGUGGGCGAGCCCCUGCUGCGCGGCCUGCGCACGGUGCGCCUCUUCCUGCACUCCCUCGACGUGGGCAUCGAGGUGGUCAACUCCGCCCGCAAGUUCCCGGUGCCGAGCGAGUGCGGCGAGGCGGCCGCGCGCCUGCGCUUCUGCGGCGCCUGCCACGGCACGCUGGCCCCGCCCUGCUUCGGCAUGUGCCUGAACGUGGCCCGCGGGUGCCUGGCGCCCCUCGCCGAGGUGGACGGCGCCUGGGGCGACCUGGCCGGCACCGUGGCCCGCGUGCACGAGUCGCUGCAGGCGUCCAGGCUCUCGCACCUGCUGCACCAGCUGCCCGAGAAGCUGUCCGAGGCCGUGAUGGUGGCGCUCGAGCGAGGACCCAAACUCCAGAAGAAGCCGAGGAGGAGCACAGCGUGGAGGAGCGAGCCACCAGCAGCGUGCUCGACGCCGCCAGCGCGACCCUGCGGGCGGUGGAGGCGGCCCGCGAGUGGUGGGCGGGCGUCGCCGACAACCACUGCAAGGACCUCCCCGCUAAGGACGACCACUGCUGGAACGGCGUGCGAGUCGCUCCGUACACCAAGAUGACAGCGGGCGUGGGCGUGAGUGCCCAGAAGUACAACUCGGAGGUCCGCGUCGGGCGCCCCGACACCAGCGUCUACGCCUUCGCCGACAGACUGCGAGGAGUCAGAAGGCUGGUGCUCUCCUACCUGACGUGGCUCCCGAAGGCCGACUCCCAGCGGCGCCGCCCCUACUACGACGGCUCUGGCUCCGGCGGCUACGGCAGGGAAUGGAACCAGCCCGGAGGCCCCUCUGACGACGAGGACGAGGGAGACUACUUCGGCUCCGGAAAUGGCUCCGGGGACACGGUCUUCAUCACUCCGGUCACGAAAACAGAAGUGACGGACCAGACUCAAGGCGCCUCCGCCCAGCACGUGAGCUACUUCACCGUCAGCUUCUUCGCCCUGGCCGCCUCCCUCUACUUCCUCUGGGCCUAAAUCAGCUCCUCUCAACGCUCCACUAAUACCUCAGACGCUCCCUAAUCAGAAUAGAAGAAAUAGGAAAGAAAACACGAACAAGACCUCGACGAAAAACAGAAAAGAAAGAAGGAAAGAAAAAACAAAGACAAGACAACCGCACCAAGAUUUACCUACAGCAAGAUACCAGACAUAUCUCGAGAGCAAACUAUAUCAGCUACACUUCAACAGGGUUAUAAGGGUUUUUGCCGUCUUACUUCCAGAACCACAGGGUAUAACCAGCAGGAAAAUAUCUUGAGUAGAACCGGUGGCCACGAGAGCAGAACCAUCCUCAUUGUUCCUUGGUUACUCCAGCGGUUCAAGCAGUCUAUCUCGAUCUUUUUCUAUCAUUACUAUUGCGAAAAAAAGGUGGGAGUGUGGGAUUGGAGUUGUUUUUCGAAAGGUAUUUUACCCCGAUGAGUGAGGGAAGUAUAAAAGGCUAUGACGCUUGCCCAACAGUUGAGUUGAGGUGGUCGUCACGGAUGAGAUAUGGGCCCUAGUAGUCUGGUAGACGAGGUAGAUUGUUCAUUUUGAGCCGGAAGGUUAAGACAUUGCUCAAGGUGGAGGUUGAUAGCAGAAACGAGCCAUAAAAGUGUGAAUGUAUUUAAUUGUGUCUCUCUUUACGAAGAUGGUGGACAAGAUGUACAGCAAAGUAAUUUUUCCUCACCCCUUUUAUUUCUUUCUCCUUCUCUCCCUCCCCACUUUUACCUUUUUUUGUUUGUCAAGAAAAUAGAAGUAGAAAAGUGAAAUAUCCCGGUACGUAAAAGCUUCGUAGACACUGUGAAAUAUAAGAUCAAAACGCAUUCUUUGCAAAAAACAAACUAGCAGAACCUUUGACCUUCACCUCUUCACAGUGAAAUAGGUCACCAUACAUUGACCUUUCUAAGUGGUCUUUUUGGCCUGUGUAGGGUAAUAAUUAUUGUGGGAAUGUUUUUAAUGGAAUAUUUGAUGCCGAAGCCUCUAUCUCUCGGAGGGACAUAGGAAUCUCGAAAUAGUUUUUUUUUUAGUAUAUAUUCAAAUCCUUUUUAUGGAAAAUCAUGUAAUGUAGAAAUAAUUGCUUAGUUUAUUAUUUUUUUCAUGCAGUGAUGUGUGUGUGUGUGUGUGAGUGUGUGUGUGUGUGUGUGUGUGUGUGUGUGUGUGUGUGUGUGGUGUGUGUGUGU